AUUUCAUCCAAUCCUAGUUGUCAAAAUCGGAAUUCAUCACCCUUUGCCACAGAUUCAACAUAAAAGUUGAACUUCCCCUUCUGGCAGCGUAAGAGAGAGAGAGGGCUUGUUCUCGCUCUAGGAUCUUGACUCUCUCACUCGUAAAAAUUCGUUAUUAACGGCAGAGAAAAAUGGCAUCAGAUCCGAAAGUUCACUCGUUCGAAGAGGUGAAUAAGCACAACAAAACCAAAGACUGCUGGCUGGUUAUAUCUGGAAAGGUGUAUGAUGUUACCCCAUUCAUGGAUGAUCAUCCCGGAGGCGACGAAGUUUUGCUAUCAGCCACUGGGAAAGAUGCAACAGACGAUUUCGAAGACGUUGGCCACAGUGAUUCUGCUAGAGAAAUGAUGGAUAAGUAUUACAUCGGCAAUAUAGAUAUGUCAACUGUUCCCCGUAGGCGCACAUACAUUCCACCUCAGCAAGCCGCUUACAAUCCAGACAAAACUCCUGAGUUCGUGAUCAAGAUUUUGCAGUUCCUUGUGCCCCUCUUGAUCUUAGGCUUGGCCUUUGCUGUUCGGCACUAUACCAAAGAGAAGUAGUGCGUAAUCUGGUCAAUUAGCUGAAAAAAACAAUUUGUUCCCCCCUCUCUCUCUUUGGUUAGGGCAUGCUGUGUUUAAGCAUCUCUCUGUGUGGUUAGGGUAUGCUGUGUUUAAGCGUCACUCGUUUGCGCUAUUUGGGAAUAAACAUGUUGCGAAUAACAAA